AGAAAGGGGGAGGAGAGUGUGUGUUGGGGCUGGGGAAUUUUGUCAUCUUACCUUCAUCAGUCUAGAAGUUUCUAAGCACCACCCACAUCUCGUCUGAGGGAAGAGCCUGGGCCGCCAGCAGAGCCCUUAGCACUGAGCCCAAGAAGCCUGUCCCGCCUUCCCCUGCGCCGUCCACGGACGUGUCUGGGAAGAACCGGUCUCGGGGAAGGCCUGGGGCCCAGCGAAACUGCCGUCGCCUCCUCGGCUGCCUGACACAAACGUCCUGCCCGAGCCCCCUGCAGAGGCGUCGCCAGGGGGCACGCAGACCGGGUGGGGGGGCCGCGAUGUCCAACCCCUUCCUGAAGCAAGUGUUCAACAAGGACAAGACCUUCCGCCCCAAGCGCAAGUUCGAGCCGGGCACCCAGCGGUUCGAGCUGCACAAGAAGGCACAGGCAUCGCUGAAUGCGGGGCUGGACCUGAAGCUGGCCGUGCAGCUGCCCCCUGGCGAGGAGCUCGGUGACUGGGUGGCCGUGCACGUGGUGGACUUCUUCAACCGUAUCAACCUCAUCUACGGCACCAUCAGCGACGGGUGCACGGAGCAGUCGUGCCCGGUCAUGUCGGGCGGCCCCAAGUACGAGUACCGCUGGCAGGACGAGCACCAGUUCCGCAAGCCCACGGCGCUGUCGGCCCCCCGCUACAUGGACCUGCUCAUGGACUGGAUCGAGGUACAGAUCAACAACGAGGAGCUCUUCCCCACGCACGUCGGCACACCGUUCCCCAAGAACUUCCUGCAGGUGGUGAGGAAGAUCCUGUCGCGGCUGUUCCGCGUGUUUGUGCACGUCUACAUCCACCACUUUGACCUCGUGGCGCACAUGGGCUCGGAGGCGCACGUCAACACCUGCUACAAGCACUUUUACCACUUUGUCAGGGAGUUCGGCCUCAUCGACACCAAGGAGCUGGAGCCGCUGAAAGAAAUGACCGCACGGAUGUGCCACUGAGAGCCUCUCGGCCCCGCAGUCACCGAGGCAGUGCCCCGGGGGACGCUCGCACCUGAGGGCCACGUCUCCGGAACAUGGACCUGGGCUUUUUAGAAAGCCCAGCCGGUGAGCAAGCUCGGUGCCCUGGAGGCUGCGCUGAACUCGGGGGUGGAGUCCUCCACGAUCCCGCCGGUCGCUGCCGCCAUGGGUCUGCACGCAGCCAACCUGAGCCCAUCUGCUUGGUAGGCGUUGAGCUUGAAUUCCGUGGCUGCGCGUGGACCUGUGUCCAUGUGAACUCCGUGUGCUGAGCACCCAGGAAGACCCCCUCUGUGAACCACUAGCAUUUGCCCUGUGGGCGCCCAGACCAGCCGCCGUGUGUUGUUGGUGCCUGGUGGCCCCGUGCCUGCUUCGCAACUCGCAUGACAGGGACCCCGCCCCUGCUCCCCAGCUUUCCCGGGCCCCUUCCCUGAUCGUGGAAGAUUGGAUUUUUCUCCCUGUGAGCCCGCCUCCCCCUUUGGAAAAGUAUCCCCUCUCCCCUCUGCAUAACCCAGGGUUAGUCUCCCGUGGAUCCGCUCUCCCGGGCUGGAAUCUUCUGAAUUUUGCCAAAUGUUUAGCUGGAGUUAGCCUUUCUGCAGAUGCCUGCCAACUUCAUGUGGAAACCCUGUGUUGGCGUGGCCCCGUGUGGCUUCGGGACCCAAACCCCAGCACUGUCUCCCGUGGACGUUGGGAGGGGUGGCCAGGGCCCCGUCUGGGCCACACCACAGUAACCACAGGAGCCCCAUUCUGCCUGUGCCCCCACCCCACCCACGUGCAGCGUCCUCAGUGGCCUUUUCCGUGGCAGCCCUUCCAGUCUGGACCGCACUGACUCCGGUACUUCUGGGUGUCUGGGAUGCUCGCAGGAGCGAGGAGCACCGUCCCCCAACGCCGAACAAGUGCAAUUAACGUGACCUUGGCCUUGGUCCUUCUGGAAAGCCCCGGGCUCCAGCUCGAGGAGGCCCCUUCUGGCCAAAUGUAGCUCCCUUUAAACGCAAAGCCUCGGCCAAGCACCAUAACCACUGUGUCCCCCAGGGCUACGGGCUGUUCCCACAGGGACUGCUGUCCACCCUCCCUGCCGCUGGCUGUUCCCACACCAUCAGAAUACACUGUGCCAUCUUUGUA